AUGCCUACAGAGUCGCUCUAUCCGAAAAUCGAUAUCCCAAAAACUGACCUGUGGGGCUUUCUUUUCGAGCGCAAUGACAGACCAUAUCCUGACGACAAAAUAAUCUAUAGAGACGCCGACACCGGCAGAGCCUACUCCUACGCCCAGGUCAAAAGCACAGCCAUUGAUUUUGGCAAGGGGCUCAAGUCCGUAUGGGAGUGGCGGAAAGGGGAUGUUCUGGCUAUCUUCACCCCCAACUGUAUCGAUACACCAGCCAUAACUUGGGGCGUGCACUGGGCGGGAGGCGUAGUGUCUCCGGCAAAUCCUGGCUAUACAGCAGAAGAGUUGGCAUUCCAAUUGAAAGAUUCAGGCGCCACAGCAUUGGCAACUCAGAAGCCGUUCCUCAAGGUCGCGACCGAAGCUGCAAUGCAGGCUGGUAUACCCGAAGACAGGAUUAUCCUCAUGGGCGACGAGAAGGACGAGUCGAUGAGAUUCAAGCACUUCUCGUCUAUACGGAAUCUUGCGGGGACGAGCAGAUACCGCAGGACAAAAGCCCAUCCAAAGAAUGAUCUUGCAUUCUUGGUAUAUUCUUCGGGUACAACAGGUCAUCCAAAGGGGGUCAUGUUGUGCCAUGAGAACAUAAUCUCAAACAUCCUCAUGCUUAAAGCAGGAGAGGGCGGUAACUUGUCUUGGGAUGGGGGAGCUGACGGCAAUGGCGACAACAUUAUAGCAUUUCUUCCUUUCUACCAUAUUUACGGCUUGAAUUGUUUAAUAUGUCAGAGUCUCUACAGCGGCCUCACGCUAAUCGUGAUGCCAAAAUUCGAGAUCGAGAAUUUCUGUACCAUUAUUCAAGAACACAAGAUAACGUUUGCGUACGUCGUUCCACCAGUAGUUCUGUUGCUCGCAAAGCAUCCUAUAAUCGACAAGUACAACCUCAGCAGCCUCCGCAUGCUCAACAGCGGGGCUGCACCAUUGACCCAAGAGCUUGUCGAGGCAGUACACACGAGACUCAAAGUCCCUAUCAAACAAGGAUACGGUCUCAGCGAGACAAGCCCAACUACGCAUACUCAGCCGUGGGAGCUCUGGGAUAAGACCAUCGGCUCUGUAGGAACUCUUCUCCCCAAUCAGACCGCCAAAUACAUGUCACCCGACGAAACAGAGCUUCCGAUUGGCGAAACCGGCGAACUUUGGGUCAAGGGCCCUAAUGUCUUCAAAGGCUACCUCAACAAUCCCGAAGGUACCAAGAAUGCAUUGACCGAAGAUGGGUACUUCAAGACUGGAGACGUGGGCCAUCAGGAUAAAGACGGCAAUUUCUACAUUACGGAUCGCGUAAAGGAGCUGAUCAAGUACAAAGGAUUUCAGGUGCCGCCCGCAGAAUUGGAGGGGCUACUAACUAGCCAUCCCACUGUGAAUGACGUCGCCGUCAUCGGCAUCUACAACAAAGAUCAAGCUACGGAGGUGCCAAGAGCAUACAUCGUACCCAAGCCUGGAGUCGAAGGCAGUCCGAAAACUGCGAAUGAUAUUAUGCAAUGGCUUCAAGCCAAAGUCGCGAACCACAAGAGACUCCGAGGCGGCGUAAGAUUCGUUGACGAAGUCCCGAAGAGCGCUAGUGGGAAGAUUCUACGGAGACUGCUGAAAAUCAAGGCCCAGGAAGAGGAUGAGAAGGGGCAGAAGGCCAAGCUAUGA